AUGUUACGAGCACUUCUUCUCCAUGUAUCUCUCGCAUUUUUCUAUCAAUCAACAUCUGCGCUUGAGCAUUUACCAAUUCAAUAUACUUUCUCCAAUAUUUCCAUUGCUUUAAUGGAAUGUCGCAAUCAAUCGUCGCUAUUCCCCACAUCGAAUGCGUGUAAUAUAUUAUUAACCAAUAGUUUCUAUCAAGGACUAGGUAGUUGUGUUGCUCUAUGUUUAAAUCAAAGAGACAUUCCUGACAAUGCAAUGCAAUUCGAUUUCAUCUUGAGAUUAUUCAAUGAAACUUUUUCUUUCUAUAGCAGAUCCUGUUUUACUUGUACAUCGAGUAGUUCACGUAAUUCACCGUUUGUUACUGAUUGGAUACAUUGGCAAUUGUUUGCGAUUAAUGAAACUAUACGUAUGAAUGCGAGAUUUAAUGAUAGAAUACUUCUCCAUUCCAAAGAUUAUCAAAUAUAUGGUUCUUCAUACAAUAAUACUACUCAAUUAUGUACGAAUUAUUUCGAUGGGAAUAUAACAUCGUCAAUGACUUCGGCAGAUUCGUAUGAUUCAGGAACAACUUCGUGCUCACGAUUUGACCAUCGACAUGCGAAUGUCACCGACAAAAUCUCUCUUCUUAUGAAACAAUUGAUAGACUUCUACGAACCGAAUCAAUAUUCUACAAACACACAAGAUGAUACAACACAGACAACGGUAUUUACAAUGAAAUCUCAACACAAAUCCAGUGGACCUAAAAUUUUGAAAAUAGUAGGCAUCGUGAUGAGUGCUAUUCUUUCCAUCAUACUUUUCCUUUUGCUAAUUGUUUGUCUGGUUCAUCGUAAUAACUAUAGGCAAGGAUAUCAGUCUGCUGAAACGUCAGCAACGCUUUAA